AUGUCAAACGCGUCCGCCGGCAACGUGCCCACUAGCGCCAAACCGCCCAUCAUUAUCCGCCGCCCUGCACACCCCAAGCCACACACGACCCGCGCGCACGUCUCUGACGAUAUUGAUCCCUCACCCCCCCCACCGCCGCCUCGCGCACAGCCUUCCGCCUCGACAUUUACAUCCACGCCUCCACUUGCACCUGCACCUGAGCUGUCUACCGUACCCUCUUCGGCAUCCAUGUCGGCGUCAGUAUCGACGUCAGACGGCGCAGGGGGGAGUGUAGGGCCCGAAGAUGAUGCGGAUGACAACGGCACGCUAGUGCAGCCGCGCCCACGAGACGAGCUCGCACGGUUUCGCCAGUUGGUGCAGCCACCUGACAUUCCGGGCGUUGUCGACUGGGGAAUCCCGCCGCCGUCUACAGAGCCAUGCGACCCCGCUAUCGAGCAUAAGCUCGCGCAGUUCCACGCGCUUAAGCGCGAUCCCGCACAGCGCCGCCACUUUAAUGAUUCGCUCAUGGCGAGCCGCGCGUUCCGAAACCCGCACUUAUACGCGAAGCUCGUCGAGUUCGUAGCUGCCGAUGAGCGCGCGACCAAUUUUCCGCGCCGGGCUGGAGAUCCCUUUGCCCUUGCCUCUCUUGCCGAUGGUGAUGUCAUUGAUAGCGCUAUAGAUGUGGAUGGAGACGAGGGCCUGAGGCCAGAGUGGUUUGCAGAUAAUAUCGCUGAACUCCAAAAGCGGCGUUCCGAGCAGCACGACGCGGCCAAGCGGUCCAAAAUUGACUUUGCGCCCGCGUCCGCAACGGUCGCACCGCCCACAGCUGCGCGGGCGAAGAAUCCAUACACGCAGUCGUACAAGGACGCAGGGUCUGGGAGACCGAGGAAGAAGAGCCGGUGGGGGUGAGUUUUGCAGGCAAUCAGACUGAGGGUUGUGGCUUGCCGUGUUGCGUGUAUUUAUUCUGUCGAGUGUAAUGCGAUGACUGGUAUUUUGGCUCCUA